AUGCAACACUCUGAUCUUUUUGAGGCGUUUGAGGCAAUUAAAACGUCUUUAGGCAAAAAAAAGGAUGAUGUAUUCUAUUUUGGUGAGGUUUCUAGACAGAAUUUUGAGUCUGUUUUUUCCAGAGAUGAGGUUUUUGCCCAGUUGGAGCAGUUUAUGGUUCCUCCGCUUGAGUUUUCCAUGGAAUGGUUGAAUGAGCUUCAUGGAUAUGUUGGAAAAGAAGUUGAAUACAAGGAGUUGUUUCAAGUUGUACCGUUUAUUUGUCAAAUGUCGGUAGAAUUUAUUAGAGAAGGAUUGGAAGGUCGAAUUGUUGGAUAUAAAGAGGAAGCAGUUUCUAUGGAGAUUAAUUCGAGAAAUUCUACGACAUUUGAACGUAAUCCGGCGCCCCGUGGUGAUUUUAUACGAGGAAGAUCUACAUUUUUACCAUUUGUUUCUGAAAGACUUAAAGUUCUUAAAUUGGAUGAAGAUAAGAAUAAUGAAAAGGAUAUGGAUUUGUUUCUUGUUGCACCAGGACUUUCACGCACAGGUAUUUUAAAGAAAUAUGAACAACCUAAUAAAUUUCGGUUUGAACUUGAUGAAAACGUUGAUCCUAACCAUUGGAGAUUUGAUUCUAUUGAUUCUUUUCCUUUAGAUAAUGAAGAAAAAUUGAAUGAUAGGAUCAGUGAUCAUAGUAAAAUAGAUCGUUCUUCAGAUCCAGUUGACAAUUUUUUAUCAUCAGAAUUUUCGCUUUCUUUCUCAAAUAUUGGUGUUUCUAAGUAUUCUACAAAGCAAAAGAUUAAAGAAUGGGCUCAUGUGGUUAACAUAAAGGCUGAUUUUUCCAAUUUUCAUGAAUUAGUCCCUAACAUGGCAUAUAAUUUUCCGUUUGAGCUUGAUAGUUUUCAAAAAUUUGCUAUUUAUCAUCUUGAAAGGACUGAAUCGGUAUUUGUAUCUGCUCAUACUUCUGCAGGAAAAACAGUAGUAGCUGAAUAUGCUAUUGCAUUAGCAUUAAAGCAUAUGACAAAAGCUAUUUAUACAUCUCCUAUAAAGGCUCUUAGCAAUCAGAAAUUUAGAGAUUUUUAUGAUACAUUUGAAGAUGUUGGGAUUUUGACUGGAGAUAUACAGAUUCGUCCGGAAGCUAGUUGUCUAAUUAUGACAACUGAAAUUCUCCGAUCUAUGUUGUAUAAAGGCUCAGAUCUUAUACGAGAUGUUGAAUUUGUUAUAUUUGAUGAAGUUCAUUAUGUUAAUGAUUUCGAGCGGGGUGUCGUUUGGGAAGAAGUAAUUAUAAUGUUGCCUGAAUAUGUUACUUUAAUUCUUCUUUCUGCUACAGUCCCUAAUACAAAAGAAUUUGCAGAAUGGAUAGGAAGAACUAGGCAAAAAGACAUAUAUGUUAUUUCUACUGCUAGACGGCCAAUACCUUUAGAACAUUUUUUAUGGGUAAAUAAGAAAAUGUUUAAAAUAGUAGAUGAAAAAGAGAAGUUUUUGAUGCAAAGUUAUAAAGAUGCUGCCAUGGUGUUGAAAAAAGAUAAAAAUAUUGUUUCUACACAAUUAAAUAAAGGUGGAAGUCAUGAUAGUAAUUCUUUACGUAAUCAAGGACGAGGCAAUUUAAAUCGUACUGCUAAUAGUCAAAAUAUUUCUAAAAAGGGAGAAAAAAAUACAAGUAUUCGUGGGUCUGAUAGGGCUAUAUUUAAAGAUAAUGAAAAACAAGACAGAAGCAUUUGGAUAUAUCUUGUUAAUCAUUUACGUAAAAUUAAUUUAUUGCCUGUUGUUGUAUUUGUGUUUUCUAAGAAAAAAUGUCAAGACAAUGCUAAUUCAUUGGCUAAUUUGGAUUUAUUAAAUCAUACAGCAAAAAGUGAAGUUCAUGUUAUUAUCGAGAAAUCAAUAGCUAGGCUUCGUGCAGAAGAUACUAAACUUCCUCAAAUUAUUCGAAUGAGAGAUUUAUUAUCAAGAGGCAUUGGUGUUCAUCACGGAGGUCUAUUACCAAUUGUAAAGGAGAUUGUUGAAAUUUUAUUUACUAGAAGUUUGGUUAAAAUUCUUUUUGCUACUGAGACAUUUGCCAUGGGUAUUAAUAUGCCAGCAAAAUCUGUUGUAUUUUCUGGAAUACGAAAACACGAUGGUCAAGAAUUUCGUUAUCUUCUUUCUGGGGAAUAUACUCAAAUGGCUGGGCGUGCUGGGAGAAGAGGUUUAGAUACUAUAGGAACAGUAAUUAUUAUGUGUAAUGACGAUAUUCCGGAUAUUAAUACUCUUACACGUAUUUUGCUGGGAAAUUCUACUAAAUUAAGAAGUCAAUUUCGUUUGACUUAUAAUAUGAUUUUAAAUAUUCUUCGUGUAAAAACUUUGAAAGUUGAAGAAAUGAUAAAGCGAAGUUUUAGUGAGAAUACAAGUCAAGCAUUGCUUCCUGAGCAUCAGAAAGAGAUAAUGCUUUAUGAAAAAAAUCUAAGUUUGUUAAAGCAUGAACCAUGUUCUUUUUGCGACAUUGACUUGAUUCUUUUUUAUAAUGAAAAUACAGAAUAUAAUCAGCUUACAAAGAUUUGUUAUCAACUUGCCCUUUCUUCUUCUUAUGGAAAAAAGAUUUUUUCUCCAGGAAGAGUUGUGAUAUAUAAAGAAAAUAAUUUAUAUCGAUCAUUGGCAAUAUUGCUCAGUGAAGCAUCUGUAUCUUUUAAUGGCGAAAAAUGCUUUCAUGUUUUGUAUGUUAAACAGAAAGAUUCUAAAAAUCAAGUGAAUAAACUUCCUUUUAUUCCUGUUUUUUGGAACUAUGAUUUCGGAUUAGAUAGUUUGAAAGCUGAACAAUUUAAAGAGAAAAUAUUAUCUGUCUCAUCAAUUGAAUUGAUUACUCAAAUAGUUGUUAAGGUUGAUGUUUCUGCAGUCCGCUCUAGAAUUAAGGAGUCUUUUUAUAAUAUUUGUGAACAGAUAAAGAAAGCAAGAUUAGUUAAGGAUCUUGAAUUUCUAGAAUGUAGUUGGGUAAAUGUUCGUGAUUUAAAAUUUAAAGAGUUAUUUAUGAAACGAAAAUUAUGUAAAUCCAAUAUGUAUAACAAGAAAUGUUUGGAAUGUCCUGAUUUUGUUUUACAUUUUUUGAAAGCUCAUGAAAGGAAUAUGCUAGUUGAGAAAAUCGAAGUAUUAGAACAUUUGAUUUCAGAUCAAAAUUUGGAGCUUCUUCCUGAUUAUGAGCAACGUAUUGGUGUUCUUAAAGAAUUAGACUAUAUAGAUGAUAAUUUAAAUGUUUUACUGAAGGGGAGAGUAGCUUGCGAAAUAAAUUCUGCUCACGAAUUGGUAUUGACUGAGCUUAUUUUUGAGAAUACUUUGGCAGAAUUUGAAUCAGAGGAGAUUGUUGCAUUACUUAGUGUUUUUGUAUUCGAAGAAAAAACUGAAUCUCUGCCUUCUAUUUCUCCUCAUCUUGAAAAGGGGAAGGAGAUGAUAAUUAAUGUAGUAAAAAAAAUAAAUUCAGUUCAAGACAAAUAUCAAGUUUUAUCUUUAUGUGAUACAUUAGAUUUUGAAAAUAAAUCAUGUUUCGGUUUGGUAGAAGUUGUUUAUGAGUGGGCGCGAGGAAUGUCUUUUGAACGCAUCAUGGAUCUUACAGACGUUUUAGAAGGCUCAAUAGUUCGUGUUAUGACACGAUUAGAUCAGGUGCUUCGCGAAUGUGCGAGUGCUGCGCGUAUUAUAGGGGAUAUUUCUAUGUAUUCUAAAAUGGAAGACUGCCAAGAGAAAAUUCGUAGAGAUAUUAUAUUUUCACCAAGUCUUUAUAUUUAA